GUGGAAGGUCCGUCUUAAGGACUUAUAAUCAGUGUGACUCUGUGCUUAUGUGACUUAGAUUUAAAAUAGUGGAACUGACUCUGCCAUGAGAGAAGAAAUCUGAAACCGCAGCAAAUAUAAAGCACCAGAAAUGCCGUUCGUGACGUCACGCUAACGAACGCUGAACGCCUGAAAAAAACAAGUGACGACCGAGAUGCGCACCGUGACCUGCCGCCUAAGCCCGCGUUCCUUGGGCACCAAAAUCCUGAUCAUUGCCGCCCUUGCAAUAUGGACACUCAUCGGCACUUUGCACGACGUGGCAGAGCGGGAAGUCGUAAAUUACGUAGAUUCUCCUUGGUCUGAUGGGAUGGAUACGAAAAGGUACCGCCCUCUCCCCGACCGCAACGUUACGUAUGCCAAAAUCCAGGACGACGUGGAGUCCCCCGAGUGGACGCCCAAACGCCUGCUGCAGCUGCUGGAGGAGUCCUCGAGCUCCUGCAGGAAGAUGACGGACCUCGGGGGUUCCUACAGCUGCAAGGACUGUCAGACCUGCUCUGUCGACGGAAACAAGUACAUCUGUUUCGAUCCGGACGUGAGACCCCACCCCGGCGACUGCCUCAUCUACUCCUUCGGCGUCGGGGGUGAAGUCAGCUGGGACACGGCGAUGGUUCACCUCAACUGCUCCGUCUACGCGUUCGACAUGACCUCCAAGACAUGGGAUAACGGGAUGCUGAUCGAGAAUCUUCACUUCCUCGCCCUGGGUCUCGGGCCUAAUAACGUUGAUGCGGACAUCCAGAUGCACAACGAAACACACCCUAACGAGAGGGAUAAAAAGAGGUCAUUUUUCCGCACUCUGGAGACCGUGAAGGAUUUCUUGGGCCACAACGACAGGGUGAUUGACGUCCUCAAGUUGGACAUCGAGUUUGCUGAGUGGGACUUCUUCGAGAGUCUGUUCCGUUCGCCCGAGAAGUCGAGGAUUCUGCAGGAUGUCAGGCAGAUUGCGCUGGAGAUCCACUUAGACGACCUAAAGCAUCAAUCCGCAGCCAAGAGAGUGCGCGGUGGACAGCGUGUGGAGCAAAUCCUGGAAACACUGCAAUCACACGGGUUCCACCUCGUCCACACGGAGCUCAACACGGCCUUUCAGGUGUUUGCAGACGUUCGAGGGGAAGUCCUUCCGUUGUUCAGGGAAUCUCUUUAUGUGCGGCGUCCCUGAGGUCUUCGUGGUUGUCAGGACGAAAAGAGAGAGAGAGAGAGAGAGAGAGAGAG